GGAGGGAGGAUGGGGAGCCGCGUCCUCGGAGCAGGUCGUCGCCGCCAGGGGCCCAUCUCACCGGUCAGUUCUAGCUAGGGUUUCAACCAACAAAUCCAAAUCGGCCUUCCAAUCCCGGCCGCCCAUGGAGUCGCCGCCGCCGCACAAGCGCAACGUCCGCCGAGAUGACGACAGGAUCAGCGCGCUACCCGACGACCUCCUCCUCGGAAUCCUCGAGCGCCUUGAACUGCGCGAGGCGGUCCGCGCCGGCGCAGUCUCGACGCGGUGGCGGCACCUGCCCCACCGGCUCUCGCGCCUGCACCUCAACGGCCGCCAUUUCCGCUGCACCACGCUGCUCGAGUUCAUGGACGCCUUCACAGGCGCGACACGGAGGUUGCUGACCGACCGCGACUGCCACUGCAACGGCAGUCAUGCUAUCAAGUCCAUCAGCCUCCGCUUCUUCCUGUCGGCGCCCCACCUGAGCCCCAUCGGCCGCGCCGUUGAGCACGUCGUCAGCCGCGGCGAGACCAAACGCCUCCAUUUUGGCACAUGCUCGCCAUACAAGAGAAACACUGCCCUGCAGCUCGCCGAGUUUGGGCAGCAGUUCAUGUCCUUCUCCCGCGACUACCCACUCGCUUUCCAGUGGCUCACCAGGCUUACACUCAAGAACCUUGCGUUUGGGCAUUCCGAUGUCACCGACCUCAUUAAUGCCUGUGACAGGCUCACGCACCUCACUCUGAGUUUUUGCCAACUGGUUGAUGAGCACACACCGCUCAAGAUCGACACACCGUGUUCUGGGAUCAAGGAUCUCGAAUUCAUCCAAUUUGGGUGCACGCAGAUCAAGCUCAUCUCUGUCCCAAAGCUCAGUAAAGUGCAGUGCACAUCUUGGCGCUUGGCGAACCCUCCUGUGCGCUUUGUUUAUGUUCCAGAGCUUCGCGAUGUGAGCCUCAGUACCGGUGCCAUGGCGUGGCAGGCGCCAUUCCUGCUGAGCGACUGCUUGUCAAGGAGUGCAAUGAACUUGUCAAAACUGCAUCUCAAUUUUCGCCAUCAAAUGAUAUGGAUUCAGCCGGAACAUCCGAAGCAGCUUACUGCUAUAUUCAGAAAUCUCUCCGAUUUGUCCCUUUCUGAAAUCUUCCCUGAGUGCGAUUUGAGCUGGACCCUAUUUAUCCUUGAAGCUGCACCUGCCCUGCAGAAGUUUACAUUAUCUCGAACUCGUCAUGCAUGUGACAUAGCGUUCGAGGACAAUGCCGAGAAGACCAACGUGGUGUGGGAGCCAUCAAAGGAUUUCAAGCACAUGAACUUGAAGUCACUGACGAUAGAUGGGUUCGAGGAGGAGGACAAGGUGACAAACUACAUAAGGCUAGUCAUGGGGCGAGCUGUUGGAUUGAAGAGAAUCGAGUUGCGUGGUGAAGGAUGCAAGAAAUGUGAUGCCAUUGAUCCGAGGACAUCCCAGGUGGAUGAAACUCGCAGGCAUCGGAUCAAGGAGCUACUCACAAAUGGAUCAUCCUCAUCCGUGGAGAGAAUAAUGCGCUGACCGAUAUGUCAAGGAAUGCUAUGUCUCAUCAUGCUUGCAGCUGCUGUAUGUGGCACGGUCAGCAGUAGUAAUUUAAUUUCUAGGUACUGAUAGCCUGAGAAUACUUGAAUGGUGUGGACUUUGCAGUGUGUCAUGCACUUAGCCAGCUUAGUUCGGAACCUUGCCCGAGAAGUGUGUCAAGAUAAGAAAGCUUAGUUCUGGAGCUCAAUUACAACUGCAUAGUA